AUGAGCGCGUUGCCUUCGUUGCGCAAACAACAGCUCCUAUCAGAAUUCGCUGGACUCAAGCAGGCCUGCCCCGAUGGAGUAUUUGUUAGUCUUACCCCGGGAGAUGCAACGCUCUGGUCUGGUGUACUCUUUGUUCGGAAAGGCCCCUACUGCCCUGCCAUACUACGAUUUCAGAUAUCAUUCCCCGACUCAUACCCUCAACUUCCACCCCUAGUAGUCUUCUCGACCGACAUGUUCCACCCUCUCAUCACGCCCUUAACCACAUACAUGUACACAACCGACAUACAAGAAAGCGGCACCGUGAGUGCUUCAGAUCAAGAGAGACUACCGCCAGGUGGAUUCAGUUUGCGCCAUGGAUUCCCCGAUUGGUUUGGUCGAGGCAGACGGAGCAUGGUAGAUGCGAAACAUACCUCAGGCCAGCAGGUGACGAGCCCCGACGGCGCAACAGCUAGUAACUCGACGACGCCAGCAUCGAUAGCAGCCCCAGCCCCAGAAUUGCCUUCGUACAUGCGCACCGGACAGAAGACUGUCUCGGCUUAUGAAGUCCUACACUAUAUCCGCAGUGCUUUUGACGACGAGGAAGUACUUGAUACAGUACCCCUUGCCGCAGCAGGAAAUCCAGGAGCAUGGCACGCGUGGAGGACGCAUCGCAAGGCGACAGGAAAACUUGCCGAAGAUGGUUCGACAGAUGGAGAGCACAAGAAUGAAGAAGAGAUCGAGCCUUCGACAGAAAACACAAAGAUUGUGCCAUCUACAGCUACACCCAGACAGCCCGGGGAAUGGAAUUGGGAUGGGGUCUGGGAGGACAGAGUUAAAAAGAAUGUCGCGUCUAGUCUGUCAGAGCCUGUGCUAUAUGGAGAAACCAAGACCUCAGAUGAUCUGAUUAAGUUUCUUGCGAUGGAGGACAGCGAUAUUGAUUCGGUCAAGGACAAUCUUCAGCGGACACUCGGAAAGACCACAUGA